AUGGCAGACUCGAAUCGCAAUGUGGUCCCUGGGACCAUUCACCUCGUCGACACUGAGGCUGCUGAUCACUCUGGCAAGAAGGAUAUUGUCCUUAACCCACGUCCAAGUUCGGACCCAGAAGACCCGUUGAACUGGUCCAAGAAAAGGAAGCUGUGGGCAAUCACCAUGGCCUAUAUUUACAUCCUAGGCAUUGGGAUGUCCACAACCGUUCAGUAUUCCAUCUUGACGAAUAUAGGUGAGGCAACCGGCAUCUCGCUUGCGGACAUCAAUACCGGCACCGGCUUGCAAUUCCUGUUUGCGGGCUGGGGAUGUCUCUUUUGGCAGCCAGUGGCGCUCACAUAUGGACGACGAGGAGUGUAUAUCCUGAGCAGUCUGUUGGCAAUUGGUCCGAUGAUCUGGACCGUAUACACAACUUCUACAAGCAUAUGGUGGGCUCACCGCAGUCUUUUGGGUCUCAUCGUUGCUCCGGUGGAGUCAUUGGGCGAAAUCUCCGUCUCCGACCUGUUUUUCGCUCACGAACGCGGCAAUUACAUGGGCAUUUAUACUCUGCUGGUGUUCGGUUCCAAUGCCCUGGCACCCUUUCUGGCGGGGUUCGUCACCUACUCGAUGGGCUGGGAGGCUGCUAUAUGGUUCGGAACCAUUAUCCUCGGCGUCUGCACGGUGAUAAUCUACUUCGGAAUGGAAGAAACAAUGUACUUCCGCCACACCAUCGAAGGGAUUGACGAGGGAGCUGCAGAGGUGGCCUCGGGGGUGGAAACCCUGGGAGAAAAGUCCGAUGCUGUCUCCAAAAGUGCUCCUCUCCAGGAACCCAUCUCUCCUAUCGCAGAGUCGAUCCGUCUUCCACAACGAACGUACUGGCAGAAGCUGCACCUUUUCAGACUCGACAAAGACCGCCCUUCAGUGAAACAGAUGUUCAUCAUGAUGGUUCGACCACUGUGGAUGUUCUUCUACUUUCCCAACGUCAACUGGGCCGGCUUCCUCUAUGGUGCUUCCUUGUGCUGGUACAAUGUGCAAAACGCCACCAUGGCAUUGAUCCUGAAUGCUGCCCCUUACAACUUCUCUGCCAGGGCGGUCGGGAUUUCAUAUCUGUCAUUGCUGAUUGGCUGCACCGUGGCAUGGUGGUGGGCCGGAUGGGCUGGCGACGAAAUCGCCAUCAGAAUCGCCAGGCGGAACCGGGGCAUACGUGAACCAGAGCACAGACUUUGGCUUCUGACCUUUUCUGGAACACUCGCAACAGCAGGACUGAUUCUCUGGGGCGUGGGCGCCGCUCACCAGAUCCAUUUCAUGGGUCUAAUUAUCGGCCUGGGCAUGACAAGCUUUGGGAUUGUGAGUGGCGGGAGCACUUCGCUUGCAUACGAUGUCGACUGUUUCAAGGAGAUCGCUGGGGAGACUGUCGUUCUGGUUAUCGUUAUUCGCAACACAAUGGGCUUCGGGAUGAACUAUGGGAUUACUCCGUGGUUGGAGAACACCGGGACACAGAACUGCUUCAUUGCCGUAGCUUUUCUCUGUCUGUUCUCCAAUUUCAGUUUCCUGUUUAUGACCGUCUGGGGCAAGAAAUUACGGCGCAUGUCCGCGAAGAAGUACUGGGAAUAUGUGGACACGCUGAUUGUUGGGGCACAUUAG